AUGACCCAGAAGGUCCAGGACCAGGCUCUGCCAUUCGGUAUUCACUACACCAAGAGUCGGAUGGCAGAGCUGCUGGCAGCCGAUGUAGUGAUUGCUGCAGGUUCAGCAUCAUUGAUCACGCCAGCCGUCAUGAUCUUCGACAGACUCGUCGUCGAGAAAUCAUUCUACAACCAACCACUCUUCCCAGCAUUCCGCCGCCACCUCUGGCUCUCCAUCACACAACCACAUACUUUCUUAACAUCCCGACCAAGUCUCCUCGUCUGGUCCCUCUACACGGCAACCUUUGCAACGGCCAAUGCCUCGGAAACCAUCUUGAGCAAAUGGUACCCACACAUCGACCACGCCAUCGCAGGCAUGACCACCUUCGCUUCCACAUUCAUCGUCAAUUCCUCCGUGGGAAUCUGGAAAGACGUGAAAUUCGCCCAACUCUUCGGCCACAGCAAUACCUCUACACCAGCACCACCUCCCCCAACCACCGCAACCACAGCUACCACCAACACCACCAACGCCAACACCAACACAACUACAACCACAACAGACACAACAAAUAAACCCACCAAAACAGCCCGCUCCUUCGGCCGCACCCGAAUCCCAGUAUCAACCUACUCCGCCUUCCUCAUCCGCGACGCACUCACAAUCUUCGGCUCCUUCAGCCUCCCCGCCAUGGUCUCCGCCUCAAUCCCAGACUCGAUCGCCUCCCAAGAAUACAGCAAGAUCCUGAUCGCCCAACUGGCCAUCCCAGCCUCAAUCCAGCUAAUCAGUACCCCGAUCCACCUCCUCGGCUUGGACCUGUACAACAGGCCGCAGGUGAUGACUUCCAAAGACCGCAUCAGCCGUGUCAGUCGCGACUGGAUUGGCGCGUCGCUGCUACGUAUGUGCAGGAUUAUUCCUGCCUUUGGGAUUGGCGGGUUUGUCAAUACGGAGGGGCGGAACUAUCUGCAUGAGGGGCUUGAUGGAAGACGGAAGGGGUCUUGA